AUGGAUAUGGAUGGGAAUAGCAUUGAGGCCGUAUACCGUCCCGAGGCGGACACGAAGAGCAGCAGCGGCAGCAAUGUUAGUAGCAGCGCCGUGGCCAGGUCAGUCGUCAGUAAACCUGCUCUGGCACUCCUCGAGAACGGCUCGGUUGUUUCAAAGGCCAGUACUAUUAAGUCCAGUGCAAGACCCCACGCCUCCAGGGCAAUCACCGCUAUGGAGCGGGGAGCUCCCUCGGAACGGGUUGCAUCAAUGGUCACGUCUCGUGAAAUCCAACAAGCACCCCCUCAAACCUAUGUCGUUCACACACACACAACGCAAAAGAAUGACGACGGGAAGGCAGCUAAAACGAUCGUCGGCACACUUAUUGGGGCCGCCGCUGGCGCAGCCAUCGCCUACGCCAUGUCUAAGGGUGAUUCUGAGCCGACCCCGGCAACAACCUCUUUACCCCCACCUCAGUUCGUAUCUCAGGAGUUUCGUCAGCUUCCCUCGCAAGAGUCUUCGCCGACCCCGUCGCAAUUUCUGGACUACCAAGGCUACCGAGCCAUUGAAGCACCUCCACGCAGUGUCUACUCUACCGCAGACUCACGACCCCCGCUGGCCCGAAGCGUGACAUCCAAAAAUCCCAGAGCAAGUACCGUCUACGACGGCACUGAAUUCGGGACAAGAGGUCCAAAGGGAAGCUUAUACUAUGAUGAAAGCGGCCGUCGUGCCUCAGAAGGAAGCAUCUACAGCCAAAGCGGAGGCCCAAUGAGGGCCAUCGAGUAUCCGUCCGCGCAUGAAACCCAGCAAUAUCCCGCCGACGUAAGCACUUUAAUCAGCUCCUUCCGCGAGAAAUCCCGCAUUUCGGAAAGGGGUAGUGUCUACUCUACUUCCACAAUCAAAGCACCCAAAUCCCAUCAUUCCCACCACCAAAGCUCUCACCAAUCCGUCACAAAGUCCCAUGCUGGAAGUAUGGCAUCCUCCACACGAACGGCCCGUCAAGUUCCUCUUCCUGAGGGCUCGACAGUUUCAUAUGCUUCUUACCGCAGCCCCGCCAAAUCUGCGGCUCCCUACGAUGACGUGGAUGUUGAAACACAUGUCACACCUGACGACUCGAUCAGUCAGGCAGUCGCAUGUCUCCAAACGCUCGAGUAA